AUGAAAUUGGUUGAUAUUUUAUUUGUACUGAGCGCAGCAGCAACUGCCAAUGCAAUACUGAUACCGACUGAUAACGAUCGUUCACCCAAAGCAUCAGUCACUUCGAGUCAAUUGUCCAGCCCAACUGAUAAACCUAAUCCAGAGACUCCCGACCAAGAUUGGCAAAGUAUAAUUGAUGCAAUUAAUUCAAGCAUUCUUGACGAAAACUGGAAAAGCAUAUUUGAUCCGAUUGAUCCAAACACUUCCAAUGAAGACUGGCAGAAUAUAGUGAAUCAACCCAGUUCAAGCACUUUCAGUCAAGUAUCUAAUCCAAUUGAUAAACCCGAUUCAAAUAUUGAUAACCAAGACCAGCAACAACCAAUGGAUCAACCCAGUCCAAGUACUUCCAAACGAGGUCGAAAACGGCCAAUUGAUGAACACGGUUCAAGCACUUCCAAACAAGAUCCACAACAAUCGAUGGAUCAAGCCGGUCCGAGUGCUCCCAAACAAAGUCGGAAACAAUCAACUGAUGAACCCGGUCUAGACAUCCCUGACAAAUACUGGCAACGCUUAAUAGAUGAAGUCAAUUCAGACACUUUUGAAGAAUGGAAAGAACUGUUUGAUAUAGCUGGUUUAAAUACUCCCAGUCAAGUUUCUGACCCAAUUGAUCAAGUCGGUCCAAACACUUUUGACAAAUACCAACAACCAGCUGAUCAACUCAGUUCAAGUGCUUCCGAUCAAACCCAGCAACACCUAAUGGAUGCAACUGAUUUAAAUAUUCCCAACAAAGAUCAGCAACAGUCGAUUGAUCAGUCCAGUCCGAGCACUUCCAAACGAAGUCGGAAACGGCCAAUCAAUAAAACCAGGCCAAGUACUUCCAAACAAAGUCGGAAACGGCCAAUCAAUAAAACCAGGCCAAGUACUUCCAGUCAAGCGCCUGGUUCAAUUAAUGAACCCAAUCAAAGUACUUCUGGCAAAUACUGGAAACCAUUAUUUGAUAUAAUUAAUCCAAAUAUUCCCAGUCAAGACUCAGUUGAUCAACCCAAUCCAAGCACUUCUGGUAAAUAUUGGAUACCACUAUUUGUUAUAAUUAAUCCAAGCACUUCCAGUCAAGACCAACAACAACCAAUGGAACAAGACGAGUCUGUCAACACUGUUUCAAAUCAAGUGACUGGAUUAAACGAAAAAGAUCAGAGAACCUUUAAUCGUAUAAAGAAAAAGCUUGAAGCGUCUAAAAUAAUACGAGACGAAAAAUGGCAAGAAUAUCGUAGGUAUGUAGACCUUGAAUUUGAACAACAAAUGACGUUAGCAAUGGGCAAAGAAAUAUCUGGAUCAAGAUACGAUCCAGAGGUUCAAAAGAAGUUGAAACAAGAGUAUGUAGCGGCAAGGAUAAAAGUACCCGAUAUCAGACGAGAUUUGAAGGAUUUUAUGAAAAGGCGUGGUUUGAAAUUCGAAGAAUCAGAUCCAGAUUGA